CAACAGUCACAACCAACAAUAAUGUUCCUUGAGAGAGCUAACGCUGAGCGGGUCAAGGAAAUGCCAAAUGCACUGGUAGAUGCAGUUCUCGCCUCACACGUGCGUCACAGUUAUCAGUGAAUAAUGUUGCUGUUUGGCGACCAGGUCACUAAACCAGCUGAAAGGCUUCUUGGAUCAAUAGGCCCAUGUCUUCCCAUAACCUGCACGAAACCUGCAGCUUACCUCUCGGUUAAGCAUUAGAUACCCUACAUCAUCAACCGUUUUCUCCGGUUGGAAUCUAUCCCAUCAUUAUUGCCUGUCAAAGCGGACAGGACAAAAUAUCAAUUCAACGUCACGGUGUGUUGAGCGACUGUAAAGAUGGAGUCAAAACUGCUAAAAUCCAGGGCAAGCGACCUAUUGAAGCGUCUUUCCAAGGCGACUGAGGCAGGUGGCGCAUCAGCCGCUUAUGACUCGUCGCUCUUCGACACUGCACUUUUGGCAUCUCUCUACCAGAAACGAACCCAGUCUGCAGUAGAUGGGGUCCCCUCGAAACAGAUCGAAGACCGCCUGUUAAUUCCAGAAAGUUUUAAUUUCUUACUCUCUCGGCAAAACCCAAAUGGAGGUUGGGAUUCGGGCGUGCAGCACCACAAGCUGGGCUGCAUCUUGAAUGUAGCGGCGGGAUUGCUGGCCAUUGUGAAAAGAAAAAGUCGGACGACUGCACGAUCCCAUCCAUCAACUGAGGCUUUAGAAAUGCGAGCGCAAAAGGCAGAGGAACACCUUAAUCAUCUGUUAUCUACUUGGAGCAUACAAGAAGCGCAACAUUUGCAGAAGUCCAUACAGAGUCUUGCGCGUAUACUUGGGCGACUAAGAGACGAGGGUGUCGUUAUCCGCCUAACCGGCCCUCAACAGGACAUGUCCACCAGCAGCAUCACAAACAGAUACCAUGAUGUCGAUGAGACUAAGAAAAGUACAGUUGGCAUCGAUAGAUCACCAGCAGCAACAAUACUACAUCUCUUGGACCUUGAGACAGGGCACACGGAAUACGAGAACUACCUUCUAGAAGCAAGCGCGGCAACUGGUUCAAGCGGAUGUCUACCGGCCGAAUACCCCAUAUCUCAACACACAACCCGGACGGUCCAAGAGCUACUGUUGGAAAGUGGCUUAAUGGACGCUCGGACUCUGCCUUCUGAACCGAUAUUUGACUCUGAACUAGAUAGCCUUUCGGCAUCAGAAGGCUUUGAUCAUGACUGCAGAUACCUUAAAAGUCUGAUUCAAAGACAGACCACCCCUGAGAUAAUAAGCGCCGUUCAAGCUCUCACUGAGCGAGUGUCCCAGCUGUGGUGGAAUGGAAGCUGGAAUACUACUGUGUGUACUUCAGAUUACUACGCCUACCUGUUGUUCGUACAAGUUUUCAGGAAAAUUGUCAAAUCCCAGGAGUGGAAAACUCAGCUAUCAAACGAUUUUCUACACAUUCGUGGGCCGAUAACGAUCGUGCAAAUGGUCACGAAGAUCCUCAGCGAGCAGAACACUGACGGCACCUGGGGAGAAGGCAUGUAUGGCUGCCUAGAGACUACAUCUCUAGCACUGAUCAGUCUAGUGUCGGCGAUGAGUCUGGACUUCCUCGGUAUCAUCUUCAUGGAUAUUCGUCAUGCUGUUGAGAAAGGGCGAGAAUUGCUUCUGUUCUCAUUAUUGUCCGGAAAGGAUACCCCGGGUACAAAAAAUGCUCUUUGGAUAGGGCAAUCGGCCUCCACCUCACCACUUCUGCGAGAGGCUUACAUGGUUUCUGCCGUAGCGCAAACGCUCGAGGUUAAAACCUCUGAGGAUCGAACCGCGACACUUGCAGACAAAGCAUCGCGAAAGGCUUUAGGCUUGGCCUCCUUCUUCCAUUCGCUACCCGCACUCAGCAACGCGCCCUUCCUCCAGUUGAAAGCUGGGGCAAUCGAGAGCUCCUUUUACGUUACGAUGCUGAAGACGAUGCGCACCGACAUAUUCCCCGUCACAAAAGCUAAGGAAAUGGACAAAUACUUCGACUACAUCCCAAUCAUGUGGACAAUGAGCAGCUACUCCAAAGGCGGUUACGUACCUCCCGUACUGAUCUGGGAUAUCUCCGUCCUAUCGAUGUACAUAUUCCUAGCAGACGAGUAUAUGGAGGGAUAUGUUGCUAAUUUUACAACCACCGAAUUCGCCGAGCUUCGUGCUGGAAUCGAGAAUAUCUUUGCUCUCGACCAUUGCCCCAUCUCACCUUUUGCAGGAAAUGCCACGCCCAGUGCUCGCGUACAAGCCGCCUUGGAGGUUCUCGGAAAGUGGGCCAAUUAUCACUUAACAUAUCCAUCUCUGGCCGCCGCUUCGGCUGUGGAUACUCUGAAUCUACGCGUGGAGUCAAAGAAUUACCUUCUACAUCAUAUAACACAGCUUUCCGACAACCAACGCCUUGCAGUCCAAGCGCAAGGGACUGCUUCAGGUCCUUUCCGCACUCCAAGUAUGGGAUUUGCACACUGGCUUCACGUCGUCGGAAGCGGACAUAUCGGUGCACCAAUUGGUUUGGUAUGGCUCUCUGCAUGUGUGGGAUCAAAGAUUAGAGGGGCGAAUAAAGACUGCUUUCGAACUGUCAAGCAAAAGAUGAUGAUCUGGAACGCCAACUCGCAUGCUGGGAAGCAGCUGAGAAUGUUCAACGACUACGGAAGUAUAGCGAGGGAUGCAGCAGAGCGAAACCUAAACAGUGUGGAUUUCCCCGAGUUCUUUAGCGACGGAACUCAGACCCAGACCCAGCCCUGCGGCAUUCCCAUCGAGAAGACAAGUCAAGGCAAGGGAUCCAAUGAUGUUGACUCUUUCGAAGUCACUAUGCGAAAACAGACUCUUCUCGAUGCAGCUAUGUACGAACGUAUGUGCACAGAAAGAGAAAUGGAUGACUUAUAUUUGGAAUUGGCGAAGGAUGGAUUGAUCGGAGAAAGGCUUGCGAAAUGGGUAGAGGUUUACUAUGCUGGCGGUGAUUUGUUCUCAGAUAUGUACCUCGUACGAGAUGUUACCAACAGCACCAAGGAUCGAUAAAAGUCUCCCAUAGGUAAUCAAGAGCGAGAAACUGUGCGUCAAGUUGCUCCCUGCGGAAGGCCCCACUCUGUCGUUCCCAAUGUACCAGGACUCCUUUCGAGAUGGCUUUGGUCAGAUGGACGUAUUCAAAACUAUUGGACAAGAGGGCCACGGCUAGACAUAUUGUAAUCAGCCCAACACACGAGAAGUUGAAUACGAUCAUCUAGCUGCUCUUCGUUUCUGUCUAGAAAAUACUAUCUGUGCUCAGAUACGUUAGGGUUCCUUGAGAUUGUCAUUCAGAUACGGAAUACGGGUGGAUUGUAGACCAAGCCAUACCAAUUAGAAGUUCACCACAAACAGAAUUAUUCACGGAC